CCCCCCAUAGGGGUGGAGCCUGAGCGAGGAGCCGCGAGCUGCACUUUCUCCCCGGAUGACGAGUGGCUGGAUAACAUGGAGUCUGGUAAGAUGGCGCCUCCCAAGAAUGCUCCGAGAGAUGCCUUGGUGAUGGCACAGAUCCUGAAGGAUAUGGGAAUCACGGAGUAUGAACCAAGGGUUAUAAAUCAAAUGUUGGAAUUCGCUUUCCGAUAUGUAACUACAAUUCUGGAUGAUGCGAAAAUUUAUUCAAGCCAUGCUAAGAAACCUAAUGUUGAUGCAGAUGAUGUGAGACUGGCAAUCCAGUGCCGUGCUGAUCAAUCUUUUACCUCUCCUCCCCCAAGAGAUUUUUUACUAGAUAUUGCAAGGCAGAAAAAUCAAACCCCUCUUCCACUGAUUAAGCCAUAUGCAGGACCCAGACUGCCACCUGAUAGAUACUGCUUAACAGCUCCAAAUUAUAGGCUGAAGUCCUUAAUUAAAAAGGGACCUAACCAAGGAAGAGUAGUUCCACGGUUAAGUGUUGGUGCUGUUAGUAGCAGACCUACCACUCCUACUAUAGCAACCCCACAAACAGUAUCUAUCCCCAAUAAAGUUGCAACUCCAGUGUCAGUGGCAAGCCAAAGAUUUACCAUGCAGAUUCCACCUUCUCAGACUGCACCUGUCAAACCAGUUCCUGCAACAACUGCAGUACAAAAUGUUCUGAUUAAUCCUUCAAUGAUUGGGCCCAAAAAUAUUCUUAUUACUACCAACAUGGUUUCAUCACAGAACAUGGCCAAUGAGUCAAACCCACUGAAGAGAAAACAUGAAGAUGAUGACAACAGUGACACUCUGUAAGGAUAUAGUUUAGCUGCAUUUCAACAGUAUAGUUGGUUUUGAGCCCAGGCUACUGAACUAGAACAUUAUAAACCUCAAGUUUUAUCUUAAAAAAAUAAACGUAGCUGCAUAUUUUUCACAUUAGUUAAAACUGUUAGAUUUCUUUUUAGUAAAAGCACAAAUGUUUAUUAGGCUUAAAUUAGAAAAGGUUAAGUACUUGUUUCAUUAAUGUUGAGUCCUACUAUGACAAUUCUAUUUUUUGAUGCAGGUUUCUGCCAUGUAUCACUGACAGCAGCACUUAACAUUUGGUUCUACAGCCUGAUCAGUGGACUGAUCUUUAAAAACAUAAUUUAUAAGCUCCUUUUAAAUAUUUUAGGUAAGAUAGUCACAUUUCAUGUCACUAGCUUUUGACCAAUCUCUCCCCUUAGUAAACAUUUUUUGAAAAGGAUGGAUUUAGAGGAAUUCUAAAUCCAUUUUUAAUGUAUUUAAAUUGGUCACUGGUCUUCCCUAACUUCCCACCUCCUUUUCUAGAUCCCAGUCAUUUUCUGCUCUCCCCCAUAAGCUUAAGUUUCUCCCCAUUGCUCUUAAAUUUAAAAGGCCAUAACUGGAAUUUUAAAAAUGUCAUUCCUGA